AAGGGGGAAACGGGCAAUGUGCAAAAGUAACUCCUCCUUUGUUAGGCGAUCGUAACUGAACACCUCAAAUGAUAAAGGUUUAAUGGGACUUUCUUCCGUAGUGUUCAGAAUCUUUUCUGAAUAGCAAAGGAUGGCUGUGCAAGAGAACAGAAAUGCGGUGAAUAAUUUUAUAUGGCACUAGAAAUAGUGUGUGGUGUUAUCAAAGCUCAUUGGUCUAAACCGUGGGCAUGUUCUUGUCAGGAAGGAAAAGUCUUGAAGAGGUUUGGCUGUUCUUAAAAACUUCUUGCAUUAAAAUGUUUGUGGACUGAAAAGCUGCACCGCAUAAUGGGAAGAGUGAAAUGUCUGCAGCACCAUACAGCUGAGGCUAGCCAAAAAAGGCUCAGUUGUCUCAGAUCCUGGGCAAGGCCUACGCCGCCCUCAGCGAGGCGGAGCAGCGCGCCCUGUACGGUGAGCAGGGCACGGUGGGCGAGGAGGGCGAGGUGCUGAGGGGCGAGCGGGACUGGCGGGAGUACUGGCGGCUGCUCUUCAGGAAGGUGAGAGCUGGGCCGGGGCCCCGCAGGGCUCGCCUGGGCAGGGGCAGGCCCUGCGGGAAGUGGGGAGCUCCCUGCUUCGGGCCUGUGGCCGUGCCUCCCUGGCGAGCUGCGGGUAAAGCACGUGGCUUCUCUUUUUGGUUUGGUUUGGUUUGGUUUGUUUGUUUUUUUUUUUUUUUUAACGCUGUCUCUGAAAUCCAUCUGGUGAAUAAAUCAUGUAACUCCAGAAGUGUCACUUCUUUGCUUCAGAUCCCAGUGAAAGAUAUUGAAGACUUUGAAAAGAGCUAGAAAGAUUUGGACAAAGAGCUAGCUGUUAUUAAAGCAGCGUACGUGGAUUUUGAGGGUGACCUGGACAGAAUAAUGGAGUCUGUGUUGUGCGUGGACUAUACAGAUGAACCAAGAACAUGGAUAAUCGUAGAAAAAGCGAUUGCCUCUGGAGAAGUCCCAUUCUACAAAGGUUUUGUAAGAGAGUCGAAGCAGAAAAUGAUUGUGAGAAAAAGGCGGGCAGAAAAAGAAGCUAGAGAGGCAGAAGAGACUAAAGCUGAACUGGGCCUUGAUGGAGAAGAUGAUUUGAAAGCGCUGAUUCAAAGCAGAAAUAAAGAUCGAAAAAAGGAAAUGGAUGACUUUUUGGCCCAACUGUAAGCAAAAUACGGGAGAAAUGCUAAAAAAGGAGAAAAGAUGACUGCAGCCAAGAAAGGAAAGAAAUAAAGAACUGUGUAGGCUGAGAUAGCAGGUGUUCUUUUACAAAGGAGAGCUGCACCUCAUCCCGCUGUCAGAGACCCAGGAGCAGGAAUGUGACCUAUCUGCCACCACUCUGACAGUCUCGCAGGCGGUGACGCUGUUGUCCACCUGUUCAGAGGAGUUCCUGGCUGCAGAGCCCAUCCCAACAGCAGUGUAGAAGCGCAUCAGUGGGUAUCCUGAGAAAAUUCAGGCCUCAUUUCACCGAGCCCACUGCUACCUUCCAGCAGGCAUUGUGGCAGUGCUGAGGCAGUGCCCUUCGUUGGUGGCUGCAGCAGGCCAGGCCUUUCACCUGCGAGAGCCUGUGGAUUUACGAGCGUGUGGCUCUUUUCAGACUUUCCCUCCAGACGAGCGUGUGGUGACCAUAGUUACUUCACAGUGUGUUUAUAUGCACAGUUGGUGCAGCAGAAGUUUGUUCUGGAUAGAUGCAGUGGAUACACGCUGCCCCUCCCAUCUCACCCUCAAUACAAAGCCUAUGAACUGGGCAUGAAGCUGGGAGAAAUGGAAGGAUCUGCUAAAUACUUGGAAGUGCUGCACAGGGCAGAAGAUUACUUCCAACAGUCUGUUACCAAGCCAGAAAGCUCUUUUGAAGUGAGCCCAGGUGAUGAAAUCUUGACAGUGCUACAGACAACAACUGUUGAUUUGAAGGAAUUUGAGAGAGAAGCAGCUUGUCUUCCUCCAGAGGAUGAUGACAGUUGGCUGGAGAUUACAGCAGGUGAUCUAGAUCAGAUGCUGAAGGAGGCAAGGAAUGAGUCCCUUCCUUCCUCAAAUGAGGAAGAGCAGAAAUACGACUUGGAAGCAGUUGCUGAAAGGGCAGAUUCAGAAGAGCUGGAUUCUGAUGAUCUGGAUGAAGAGGAAGAGUUUGAUUUCUCGAGUGAGGGUGAUGAAGACUUAGAUGUGGAAGAUCAAAGGCAAGACCAGAAGGUGCCACCUAAUGAGCUUAUAGGCAGUCUCAAGUCAUACAUGAGUGAGAUGGACAGUGAACUGGCGCAUAACAACGUUGGUAAAAGUUUCACCAUCCAAAAGAAAGGGAUGGGACAAUCUCUGCCUGGCUGCUUGACUCGUUGAGAGGAUGACUCCCUGGGAUACCCCCGGAGAUUUCUCUUGGAGGGACUCCUCGUCCCAUCCAGAUCGCUUCAGGUGCAGACAAGGACUACUUGAGCAAUAAGAUGACUCAAGUACUGCUCUCGGUUUUGUGGCUCAAUGCCGUGGUUGUCACCACAAGAAAUGUAUAUCCCUGAUUGCCUGGAAAGGGAAGAAACCCAAACCGUCACAGAACAUCACUCCUAGAGGUCUUCAGUCCUGCCAAAAAGAAAGACUUCCCAUAGACUGAUACAAAGCUUGACUCAUUUGGGGCUCCCCAGUGUCCUCACAAGUGGCUCCUCUGGCAAAUCAACAUCCCUGAGGAAACAGCUGGUUUGUGGCUGUCGUGCAGAGUUUACUAUCUGCUGUCCUUGGUUUCAGUGCCAUGCCAUCAAAUGUGACAUUUAACUUUAAAAUACUUUUACAACAAAAACUUUUUAGAACUAAAAAACCUUCUUUUUUUUUUUUUCCUCCAAAUACAGCUCUUUUUUUGUUUCUUUCUUGUAUCACAGUUCUCAUCUGUGUUAGUGUUGCCUGAGAGCAUAGUGUUCCCCAAAUUGUUUUAACACUCACAAUACUGAUACUGUACGCAUUAGCUGCAAGACCAGACCUAGUCGUCUACCUCUGCACUAGCAACACUUGCACUAUCCCGGAAAAAACUGCUGUGCUUACUCGAGAGA